AUGACCGAGCCCUUGCUGUCGACCAUGGCAAGACUGGCUAUCUUUUGCAUGUCGUGCAUCAAUCUUCAGCCGGUGAACGUUGACAUAACAGGCGCCAGCGCGGCUCGGAAAGUUGCGCGUCGAUGCAUUUUGAGCUGGAAUAAAUGUAUUGCGGAGAUGUAG